UAACAACAAUUUUGUAAUUUAAAUUUAAAAGGACAUCAUAAAAAUGACAGGAAAUCGACGCAAAAUCUCAAAUCCAGAUAUAAUCGCAUAUUUUUUGAGAAUUAACCCACAAGCAUUUAUAAGUAUUCCACUUUGAAAUCGAGUUUCUGUAAGAAAAGAUAGUGAUGCAAGCUUGAAAUUCUUUGAAAAAUUAAAAAAAAUGGAUGGCCUAAGAAAAACAUGAUUUUGGUUUUUUUUCUGUAAGGCCAUUCAAAAAUAAGAAAUAAAAAAAAACAAAAAGCACCUCCAUCCAAUUUUAUUUCCUAAAGUUAUGGUUGUUCGCAGGCGGAUUUUCAUAUUUAAUCAAACAUACUUAAUACACAUAGAAAAACACAUUGACACACAAAUUGAUUUAGCAAAACUUAAAAAUAAACAAAGAAAUAUAGAAGACACAGGAGGAAGAACAGGAGCACACCAAAUCCCUUGGUUUUUUUGAGUUUCUUGAAGCCGCCUGAUCCCUUGGAUCUGGCCAAUCCCAUGAAGCUGUGACCCUUGUAGGAGCCUAAUCCACCACUGCUCCAUUGAGCUUUCCUCCGAGUCCCGUCAUGUACCAGAACCAGUUCAUCUAUUCCCGCGAAAGGCGUCGCUUUGGACGGCAGUGCCGGUUCCAGGAUCGGAAUGAGCUGAUGGUCAGCGUGCAUCCCAGUGGUCGCCAGCGGCUGAAGUACAUCAUGCGCAACCCCUCGGUGCAGGGCACCCAGCUGAGUCGCCAGAUGGCCUUGACCAUCAUGGAGACGGAGAACGUGACCCUCGACCAUCACGGGAUGUACCACUACGAGGGCGGGUGGCCCAAGGAGGUGAACUCCCUGGACGAGGAGCAGACGCUGCGCCACCGCAAGAAGGUGGAGCGGGAGGAUAGCUGGGGUGAGCAGGUCCUGGGGAUAAUCCGCAGCACGAUGACUGUGGCGGAGCAGAACAACACUGUCAAUAUCUAUCAGAAUUUCUUUGCGGAUCUUCCGUUGGAACUGGGGCACGACCUCCGGAUGAGGUUCCGGGCGAGGGUGCUCAACGUGUUCCACGACCUGUGGCUCCCGUCCCGCCGGUUGAAGUCCAUCGAGUGGAUGCCCAACAACGACCGCCAGUUCAUGACCCAGUACAACAAUCAGUUCGACAAGGGGGAGCGACUACGUCUGCUGGGGGAUGAGCCAUUCGGCGAGGCGAACUCCUCCUUUGUGUGGGACGUAAAGAACCCUCUCAGGCCGAAGAUAUCCUACGACUGCAACGAGGCCGUGUCGCUGGCCAAGAUCUGUCCCAAGGACGAGAACAACAUGGUGGGCGGCACUGGGCUGGGGCAGGUCUGUCUGUGGAACACCUUCAAGGGCGGUCUGCCGGUGCGGACUUGUCCUCUGGAGGUGUCCCACAGGGAGACCACCUCGGCCCUCUGCUGGGUCCACUCCAAGUCCAACACGGAGUUCUAUUCGGGCUCGCUGGAUGGCUCCAUCAAGUACUGGGACACGCGGGACCUCAAGAUGCCCAUGCAGGAGCUGCUCCUCGAGCCGGAACCGCAGGAGCGCCAGUCCAGGAUGGAUUCGCAUGGGGUGACGGUGCUGGAGUUUGAGUACACCAUCCCGGUUCGCUUCAUCAUCUGCAGCGAUAUGGGUCACGUGUUUGUGGGCAAUCGCAAGGGGAUGACGCCCACGGAAACCCUACUGGCCCACUAUCCACUGUUCGCCGGACCCGUGCGCAGUAUCAACCGGAAUCCGUUCUUCGUCAAGAACUUCCUGGUUACGGGGGAUUGGCGGGCCAGGAUCUGGUCGGAAGAGGUCAAGGACGGACCCUCCACCAUGUACUUCCGGAAGCGCACCCAGAUCGUUUGCGGCGCCUGGAGCACGGGUCGCUGCUCCCUGUUUGUCACUGGGGACAUGAAUGGCGUCGUCGACUUCUGGGACCUGCUGCUCCACCAGCGACUGCCCAUUUUCUCCAUCGACUUCAAGGUUAUGAUAGCGGAUGUGGUGUUCCGGCCGGACGGUGAUCUCCUGGCCAUUGCCCUGCAGAAUGGCGAUAGUCACAUCCUGACCCUGGAUGAGUCCAUGCGACAGGCCACCGGCAAGGAGAAGGCACUAAUAGCAGCUAUGUUCGAGCGCGAGAUCGUGCGGAGUAAACUCCUGGAGGCUCGAUAUGAUGAAGUCAGGCUGAAGCGGAAGACCCUUUUGCAGGCGGAGGAGGAUCGCGUGCGGCAGGAGCAGGAACUGGGCCCCGUCCUGGAGCUUGAUCCCGACAAUCCCGACCAGUUCGUGUUGAUGAUCGAGGGCGACGACCAGUUCCGGACGGCCAUCAGUGAGUUCCAGGACAUGAUACUCAGCGUGGAGAGGAAGCGCUCUAAGAGGCAGGUGAUCAUGGAGCGCACGGUCUUCGAGGAGUGGAGUCCGUACGAUGAGCUACCCCAGGGAGAACCUAUUAUAUAUACACAGCCCGAUCCAAGGCCUCCGAUUUCAGUUAACUACGAGAAUAGGACCUCUGCUGAUCAAAGGAAUUCGCAAGGAUCGGCCAGACAACAGUGAACAUUUGUUUGGGGGUCUGAUAAAAAUGGGUUGAUUGAAAAGAUAUAACUGAAAUUUAACUGAAUUUAAUGUUGGAAUAUACGUAUAAUAUGACAAA